AUGAAGGAACUGCAAAUCAGGAAGUUAGUUCUAAACAUCUGUGUGGGUGAGAGUGGGGACAGACUGACACGUGCUGCCAAGGUUCUUGAACAGUUGACUGGGCAACAGCCAGUGUAUUCCAAAGGUACAGAACAUUUUGAUUUUACAAUUUUAACUAUAAUAGGGGGAGAACCUUCAGUCAUCACUUUGGUUGUCCACACAUGUUGCCAACUACAGGUCAGAAUGUGUGAUCUUAUCAAGUAACUGUUGUUCAUAAGAUAACUUAAGAAAACUUCAAGAUAACCUGAGUUAUCAUCUGAGAUCAUUGUGUAAAUUGGCCAUUGUAAUGAGUUUCCAAAGCUAUUAUGGCAAAUUUGCAUAAACAACUCAGUUGUUAAAACCAAAUUAUCCUGUACUACCUCUACUGACUUAGCACCACAGUUUCUUAAGAAACUUUCCUGCCCUAUUCAAACCUGGCUUAGGUUGAAUUAGAACUGAUAUUUACUUUUCAGUGAUUACAGCUUCUGAACUAAAUUUUCCAUCCAAGAGUUGUUUAAACUAUAUUUGUCUUGUAUAGCUUAGUAAAAGUCAAAGCCAAACUAAGGGACUUAAUGAUAUAGGGAUGUAACAAGAAUUUCAUCUCGUCACAUAUGAUGUUAAAUUUUGUGUUUUGAACAUCUGCAUCCUGUUGUUAUAUUCCUUUAAAUACAGAUUUUCACAUCAGUUUGAAGUACCAAUAAGCUGAAAAAAUGUAGCAGAGCAUAAUAUUCCUUUCUGUAGACUCUGUAAUUAUAAACAUCUGAUUUAAGAUAGAGAACUUUUUUGUUUAGCUCGCUACACAGUGAGGUCUUUUGGUAUCCGAAGGAAUGAGAAAAUUGCUGUCCACUGCACUGUACGAGGUGCCAAGGCUGAAGAGAUCUUGGAGAAGGGAUUGAAAGUGAAGGAGUAUGAACUGAACAAGGAGAACUUCUCUGCCACAGGUUUGAUUUUGUAAAAUUUAGCUUUUUUAUUAGGUAUUUAAGAGUAGUGAUCAAAGGCUUGUGGUUAGCAACUUGGCAAAGACAUGAUAAUAAUGGCUCUUAAGAAACUUGUGGGGUGGAUAAAUGGAUUUGAUGUUAUCAGUUAAAUUUCUGUUUUUGUCAGAUUUUUUCACUAUGAGCAACUGAUUUAUAUUGGAUUGUGUGAAUCGCUUUAUAGACUGCUGAAAUGGAAAUUUCAUGUUAGAAUUAUCACAAAGAAAAAAGUAGUUUUUCAUGAGCAUAGGAUGAUGAAAAAAAUCUGGGUUUUUCAGUAGAAUCAAGCUUUAGACCUUUGUUUUUCAAGGUCCUGUGGUCUGCCAUGGGCACUGAUAAGCAAUUAUGAAAGCAGCAUAUUGAUCCAAAUGUUAAAAAAUUAAGUUAUCUGCCAUCUUUCUCAAACCAAUUUAAAACAUUACAACUACUUAACCCAACUAUGCUGUAGGAAACUUUGGUUUUGGAAUUCAAGAACACAUUGAUCUUGGCAUCAAGUAUGACCCAAGCAUUGGUAUCUAUGGAAUGGAUUUCUACGUGGUUCUUGGACGCCCGGGGUUUAAUGUGGCCAAGAGAAAAAGAGCUAAGGCUCAUGUUGGUGCUCCUCACAAGAUAUCAAAAGAUGACUCUAUGAAGUGGUUCCAACAGAAGGUAUCUUUUAAAACCUUUACACCCUAACAUCAGCUUGCAAGUUCCUCAUACAAUUCUCUUUAAAUUUCCUAUGGUUCUUACAAGGAGAAUUUAUCUUUAUGAUCAAGAGCUACUUGAUGUGGCAAUCAUUCCCUUUCAUCUCAUGACCUUCAUGUUUGAUUCAGGCACCAUACUGUUAGGAGAAAUUAGAUGCAUAUCACUCUUAGGGGUUCAGGGUUAAAUUCUCUUGCUGGUGAAGUUUUCAGUUGAGUUUUAAAGGAAAUGCAAGAUAACAUUAAUUUUAAAGUACUUUCUUUCUUUUGAUAUAAUUUGGUUUUUAUAAAAUGAGCAGAUAAUGUUAAUUGAUCAUCACGAAGAGUUAAGCUGACAAUUAUUUGCUCUGACUAAUGGCUAAUGCUUGAAAUAUCAGCUUUAAAAACUCUCAACAGUGGCCAUUUUCAUUAUUAAACCAGUUGAUAAAACUAAAUUAUCUUGUAUCACCCUCCCCCCCCCAUUAAUUGGCACCACAGCUUCUCAAGAAACUUACCUUCACUAUUACUUUGUUCUCAGUCUCCUUUGCAGCCGUUUCUAGAGAUAGUUUUGUCUGUGCUGAUUUGGGACUAGACGUAUUGUUCUGUUUCUUGUUGUGCAAUUGGUAAUAAUUGGUCUUUUUUCUUUCUUUUCAGUUUGAUGGAAUCCUUCUUAACCCAAAGAAAAAAUCCUGAGCUAUGAAAUAAACAGAACUUCCAUCAGACUGUUUUGUUUUGGUUUUUAAACUUUAUUCAAUAUGCAUCUUCUCUAUAUUCUUCUCUAUAUAUUUCCUUUUGAACUGAUAAGGAGAAUUGGUUUAACAAUCAAAGCUUCUUGGGUUGUUGAUCAUUUCCUGUAUUCUCCUGAUGUCAAUGAAUGAAUUGGUAGUAUUGUGCUUAGAAGAAGUAAGAUGCUGGUCACUCCUAUCAUUGAAAACAACAUACUUUAUGGUUGUUCCAGAUAUUCUUUAUUUUGAUAACGAUUUUGUGUCUGGUUUUUCAAGAAAAGAAAGAUCUUAAAAGGAGAAAUCCCACAAAAAUCUAGAGAACUGAGGGACAGGUUGCAUAUUUUGGAUUACUCAUUCAAACUGCAGAAGGUGGCUUAAAGUCUCUCUUGCCAAAGCACCCAUCUGGGCUGGGAAUGUUUGUGUUAUGGGUGUUCUGAGAAAGCUCUCAAACAUCGUGACUAGUAUCGAGGGCAGAUUUUCAUUAAGAUAUCAAGAGUUUGUUGUUGGAAAAAAUUCCUAUACACAUACCUAGGAAUGGUUCCAAACACUCUGUAUGUCGAAUUGAUGCUGGAAAGGAAGUGUCAUUUUUCCUCGUUGAAAGGUUCGUAAAACAGUAUUUAAAGAUUAAUUUUAUUAGGUUGCUUUUGUUAGGUAAACUUUACACUCUUAAUACACAC